AUGUUUUGCAAUACACCAAUAUGGAACCAGAGUAUGACAUGGGAUAGUAAUGUUCCCCAAUUGACACAAUGUUUCCAACAAACUAUACUACCUAUCAUACCAAUGAUCAUAAUGUUAUUUUUAUUGCCAUACGAUUGUUCUCGUGGUUCAUAUGAAGUAUUUGAAAAAGCUAAUCAAAAAUAUAAUACAAAUUCAUUAGCAAAUAUAAGAUUAUUGCCAUUGAUUUUCUGGACGGCGUGGUUACCAUACAUUAUAUCAGCACUAUUAAGAAUGUUAUGCAUUGCCUCUAACUAUAGUCAACCCUAUAUUUUAGGGAAACUCAUUGAUUAUAUWUCAUAUCGGGACAGUCAGUUAUGGCACGGUAUCUAUUAUGCUGUUAUCUAUUGUUUCUUCACAUUAUGCAGUCGCCUAUCCUGGUCUCACAGUUUUAACUAUUCAAGUCUAGCCUACUAUAGAGUACAAUCGGCUCUUACUUGUGCUCUCUAUAAUAAAAUGCUUAGACUUAGUCCUAUGUCUCGCAGAGAAUACACAACUGGUGAUAUCAAUAACUUGAUGGGUGUCGAUGUAUCAGAAAUCUGUAGUUUCCUAAACAUUAUGACUAAUUUAUAUGCCAUUCCCAUCAGCUUUAGUAUAGGUAUCUUUUUAUUAUGGCAACAAUUGGGUCCGUCAUCGAUGACAAUCAUUGUGGUUAUGCUGUUUGUCUGUCCAUUUACAACAUAUGCUAUGCGACGAUACAGUUGUCUCCAGAAAGAGCAGAUGUCAUUGAAAGACAAACGAAUGGCACAAAUAAGUGAAAUAUUGAAUAACAUUAAAUUAUUGAAACUAUUUGGUUGGGAAAAGCCAUUUAUGGAAAGAUUGUCAAAAGUCCGGCGCCAAGAGUUAUGGAAAUUAGUUAAGGGAAAGGUAUGGGACUGUUCAAUAUAUGUGACAUUUCUAUCGCUUCCAAUGUUUAUCGCUGGCAUAAGCUUUACGAUGUUUACAUUGGUUUCUGGACAACAAUUUAAUGCUAAAAAUGCUUUCGUAUCGCUUGCUGUUUAUAAUCUAUUAAGAGGACCGCUAACUAUGUUUCCAAUAACCAUAACAUAUCUGUUGAAAGCAAUUGUUUCAUUCAGAAGAAUCAGAAAGUUUUUGAGUUCUGAAGAAUUAGAUAAUUAUAAUAACUGUAAUGAUAAUUGUGUCGAUAGUAUUCAUGACAAUGAAUGUGUGGUUUCUAUACAUAAUAGUUCAUUUGGUUGGAGUAGUGAUGACGAACCCAUACUUAAAGAUAUUCAAAUUAAUAUUAAAAAGGGAUCAUUGGUUGCAAUUGUUGGGAGAGUGGGAGCCGGAAAGUCAUCACUACUAUCAUCACUGAUGGGUGAUAUGUAUUGUAUGAGUGGUAACCAACCAAAAAUAAAUGGAUCCGUUGCUUAUGUGCCACAAACGGCAUGGAUUCAAAACAUGACUUUAAGAAAUAAUAUAGUGUUUGUCUCUGAAUUUGAAUCGACAAAAUAUGAGAGAGUAAUCACUGCCUGUGCUCUCAAAACAGAUUUUGAUUUAUUACCGGCGCGUGAUUUGUCUGAAAUCGGAGAAAAGGGAAUCAAUUUAAGUGGCGGACAAAAACAUAGAGUGAGUUUAGCCCGAGCUGUAUAUCAGGACACAGAUGUGUAUCUAUUGGACGACCCAUUGGCCGCUGUGGACGCACACGUGGCUCAACACUUAUUCCAACACGUGAUCGGACCAAAAGGAUUGUUGAGACGAAAAACUCGACUUUUGGCUACACAUAACAUACACUUUCUCAAAGAUACUGAUUAUAUAAUAGUUAUGAGCGACGGACGUAUUCUGGAUUCCGGCACUUAUGAUGAGUUGUCCGAUAGAAGUAUGCUUUCGGAACAGAUUCUCAAGAAUAGUGACGACAAUAAAUCAAUUACUAGUGAGGAUCGUGUGUCACAAAUAAGUUCUUCAAAAGUUAAAAGAAAGUUAUCGAAACAGACUUCUAAUAUAAGYCAUAUAUCUAGUGAUAUAAAUGAUAAUAAAGAACCCAUCGGUCAAAACCUUAUCGAUGAAGAGUACCAACAGUUUGGUAGUGUUAAACAUACCGUUUAUUUGGAUUACAUUUUUCGCUGUGGUUUAUGGCUAUCACUACUUGAAUGUAUAUUAUGUUUGCUAUACAAUGUCGCACAAGUUGGUGGUAACUAUUGGUUAACCAUUUGGACAUCAAAUAACUCUACAGAAAUUGAGACAACAUCUGAUAAAACCUAUUAUCUGUCUAUUUAUUUGACAUUUUUCUUGUUAAACGCUCUGUUUGUUACCUGUUCACAGUUAACAGUCACACUAUGUAACUAUAAAUCGUCGACAAUCCUCCACAAAGACAUACUGUUCUGUGUAUUGAGGACUCCGUUGUCUUUCUUCGACACCACACCUUUGGGUCGGAUUAUCAAUCGUUUUAAUCGUGACUUAGAUAUGAUUGACGAUAGAAUACCCAACUGUUUACAAGAAUUUAUUCAUCAAUCGUUAUAUAAUAUUUUGAUUUUGAUUAUCAUUAUCUAUUCAAAUGCUUAUAUGAUUAUAUUGAUUCGAUUAUAUCUGUGGACAUCGCGACAAUUGAAUCGUUUGAAUUCAAUCACCCGAUCGCCGAUUUAUAGUCAUUUUAAUGAAAGCAUUUCGGGUGCCGUUUCUAUACGUGUCUAUCGCGUCCAACAAUUGUUUGUCAAAAGACUGCAAAAACUAAUUGAUAUAAACAUUAACGUCGAGCGACACAAAUAUUCAGCACAGAUGUGGAUUGAAAUCUGGAUAGCAAUCAUUGGUAUUGCUAUUACAUUUUCGACAGCACUGUUGAUUGUCUUACAAAAAGACAACAUAUCUCCCGGUUUGGCAGGUUUUGUGCUUAUGUAUACAUUUACUAUGGUUAACAACAUUUCAUGGUUUCUCAAAAUGACCGCUGAAUUGGAAACACAAAUGGUUUCUGUUGAAAGAGUCAGAGAGUAUUCACAAUUGAAUAGUGAAAGUGAAUGGGAAUCAAGUGAUAGUAACAAACCUUUGGAUAACUGGCCCACAAAAGCUUGGAUUGAAUUCAUAGACUAUUCGGCUUCGUAUAGACCAGAGUUGGAACCGGUACUCAAAAAUAUCAAUUUUCGAGUGGAGUCGGGAGAGAAAGUAGGAAUAGUUGGCCGAACCGGUGCCGGGAAAUCAUCGAUAACUUUGGCACUGUUUAGAAUAAUUGAACCGAAAACCGGUCAAAUUAUAAUCGAUGGAAUUGAUAUCACAAAAAUAGGAUUACAUGAUUUGCGAUCCAAACUAACAAUUAUACCACAAGAACCAAAUCUAUUUGCUGGAACUCUUAGACUUAAUUUGGAUCCAUUUGAAGAAUAUUCAGACCAACAAAUGUGGACAGCAUUGGAAAGGUCACACUUAAAGGAAUUUAUAUCUCAAUCAAGUGAUGGUUUAUUGUAUGAGAUAGAAGAAGGCGGUAACAACUUGAGUGCCGGUCAGAGACAACUCGUAUGUCUGGCCAGAGCUCUGUUACGUAACACUCGUAUCUUAAUCCUCGACGAAGCGACCGCUGCCUGCGAUCUGGAGACCGAUCUAUUGAUACAAUCGACUAUUAAGGAAGAGUUCAGCGAUUCAACAGUACUGACAAUCGCUCAUCGAUUGAAUACAGUAUUGGAUUACAAUAAGAUUAUAGUAUUGGAUAACGGGAUGAUUAAGGAAAUGGAUUCACCAGACAAUCUGCUCCGGGAUUCCGAUUCACUAUUCUAUAGUUUAGCCAAAGAAUUUGGAAUCGUUUGA